AUGAUCGUCCUUGCCCUACUGAAGGCGGUCCGCCAGGAGAACGGAUACAAGACCAUCGAGGACGGUGGCAUCAUAGUCGAAGAUGCUCCUGGCUGUGUCCCGGCCGAGCCUUUGUGGGGGCUGAUGCUACAUCAACCGCGACUUCGCGUUGAUCAAGAAGGGGUGGCUGCGCCCCCAGCGUCGUGGGCCGCGUGGUGCUCAUCGUGCGGCACACUUGCCAAAUCCGCUGCCCACGUCACACCGGGUCACCUGGACUCACAGCCAAAACACCGCGCGGUUUCACCAAUGAAGCUGCGAUACAAGGCGCCCUCGGGCGGAGGCAGCAUCGUGGUCGACGAUCACGCCACCGUCGCGCAGCUGUUCGAGACCCUCAAGUCCACCACCGGCUUCGCUGACGUCACAGUCAAGUACGGCUGGCCGCCGCAAGCCCUGGGCCUUGAAGAAGCGCGGCCGAGUGUUCGGCCACAAUAUGGUAAUAGAAUCAAGGAGAGAAAGGCCUGA